AUGUCAUUAUUUAAACAUAAAUCAGCAACUAAUGAAGAUGUUGCAGGUGGUGGUGAUUGUUCAAUGUUUGGUCUAACACUUGAUCAACUUAAAGAACUUAUACAAUUACGUGGAAAAGAAUUGAUGGAAAAACUUAAUUCAUCAGAUUAUAAUGGUGUUGAAGGUGUACUAGAAAAAUUAAAAGUUGAUAAAAACAAAGGACUUGAUUCAAAUAAUCAACAAGAUCUUGAACAACGGCGUAUAGCUUAUGGAAAAAACCAAAUACCACGAAAACAAAUAUCACAUAUACCAUUAACUAGUGCAUGGAGAAGAGAACAUCAAUUUCGUCAUGCAGUAGAAGAAAGUGAUAAAACUCCAACAUCUGUUUUGCGUGAUAAGCGUAUACAACAAAUUCCUGUUAUAGAACUUGUUGUUGGUGAUUUGUGUUUUAUAAAAUCUGGUGAUUUUUUACCAGCUGAUGGUUUAAUUGUUCAAGCAAAUGAUCUUAAAGUUGAUCAAUCUUCUAUAACAGGAGAAACUGAUUUAAUAAAAAAAAAUCAAAAUGAAGAUGUUGCACUUUUCUCAGGUACAGAGGUGAAAGAAGGUAAUGGUCAAAUGGUUGUUAUUGGUGUUGGUCCUAAUUCUUAUGUAGGAUAUGUUGUUAGUUUACUUCAGGCACCAGCAGAUAGUUGA